GGGCGCUCCAUGUGACGCUGUGGCUGUAACAAAAAUCCAGUAUGGCGGAAUCUGUCAGGAGAUGAAUUUCUUCGUCCCCCCUUCGUCCCCCCUCCCUUCUGCUGAGAAAAACCCCAGAGUGUAACAUGGGAGAGGAAUAAACGCCUUGCGGGACACAUGUUGGGACUCCUGGCUUCCUCCUGGCCCGUGUAGGUGAGCUGCUGGUGCGUUUGUGUGCUCGCUGGAUGAAUGUGUAGCCGAGCUGCGCCGCUUUGAUGUUGAUAUUCAGGCAGGGAUGCGAUGCACAGACAGGAUUCAUCAAAACAAUGUCCGGCUGAAGUUUCAGCUCCGCUCCGCUUCGGAUUCGGCUUCCCGGUUUCAUUUUCACGGCUGCUCUUGAUCCUGUGUGAUAUCUACACCUGGUUGGUACCAGAGCUGGAGAGCGAGCCGCCGCUCUGAUUGGAGCAGCCCAAUCGAAAGCCUCAUGGGGAUUGGAUGCUGCAGCUGGCCGUUUGCUUCCUGCUUCCACCACUGAGGAGGAUUCUUGAGGGAGCGUUGGACCAGCCUGAAAACACACGGACACACGAAAUCAUACACAGACACAUGAGCUUAGACACCCACAGUUUGGCUCUGUUCCCCUGACUGCACCCUGCACAUCAAACCAGCAGAAAACACACACAUCUGUUCUGCAUUCGACACACCGAGCCAGGUCCUCACCUGCCUGGGCUGCCACCUGACUGCGCUGUCAGCGAUGACAUCACACAGCCACCAAGAGGGGAUCCUGGGAAAGGAGCAGCCGCUGGAGGUGCUGAAGACAUCGGCGCUCAACCACAUCCCAACAGUGGACAUCAACUCCGCGCUGCCCCUGCGUCUCCCUCCGGCCGCCAUCCCCAUGGACCUGCGCAUCGACCACCACCAGCAGCAGCAGCAGCAGGUGUCGUCGCUCUCCCCGCCCGGCCAGCAGUCUUCCGGGCCAGGCGGCGGGGGCGUGGUGGGAGCCUCGGUGCGCGAGCAGCAGCUGCAGCAGGAGCUGCUGACCCUGAAGCAGAAGCAGCAGAUCCAGAGGCAGAUCCUCAUCGCAGAGUUUCAGCGGCAGCACGAGCAGCUGUCCCGCCAACACGAGGCCCAGCUCCAGGAGCACAUUCAGCAGCAACAGGAGCUCCUGGCUCUGAAGCACCAGCAGGAGCUGCUGGAGCACCAGAGGAAGAUGGAGAACCACCGUCUGGAGCAGGAGCUGGAGAAGCAGCAGAGGGAACAGAAACUGCUGCUGCUGAAGAACAAGGAGCGGGGGCAGGAGAGUGCCGUGGCGAGUACUGAGGUGAAGAUGCGGCUGCAGGAGUUUGUCCUGAACAAGAAGAAGGCGCUCGCCCAGCGCAGCCUCAACCAAGGAGGCCUCCCAAACGACGCUCCGUACUGGUACCGCAAAACCCAGCACAGCUCUCUGGACCAGAGCUCGCCUCCACAGACUGGCAUGUCCACCUACAACCACCCUGUGCUGGGUGUCUACAACCCCCGUGAUGACUUCCCACUGCGAAAAACUGCCUCGGAGCCCAACCUGAAGCUGCGCUCCCGGCUGAAGCAGAAGGUGAGCGAGCGGAGGAGCAGUCCGCUGCUGCGUCGUCGGGACAGUCCCAUCACUACGGCGAAGAAACGCUCGCUUGACAUGGCAGACUCUGCGUGUAGCAGCGCCCCCGGCUCAGGCCCGAGCUCGCCCAAUAACAGCUCCAACAACAUCCCCAAUGAGAAUGGCAUCGCCAUGUCGGUCAACAACAGCGAGGCGUCUCUGGCCCAGAGGCUGUGCAGCGGUGCUGAGCGGGGCUCCGUUAACCAGCUGUCCCUCUACACUUCGCCAUCCUUACCCAACAUCACCCUGGGGCUGCCCGCCACUGCCACGGCCACGGCUGCUUCCAAUGUGACCUCAGCCCAGCAGGACGGAGGUCUGCAGCCGGCCCUCUCCCUCAGCCCCCCCUUCCUCUCCGGUGGCCACUUGACCCCCUACCUGGCAGAGGCGGGAGCGGGAACAGGCGGGCAUGGAGCGCACAGUCCGCUGCUCCAGCAUAUGGUGCUGAUGGAGCAGAGUCCGGCUCAGAGCCCCCUGGUGACAGGUGUGAGCGGCCUGUCCAUGUCCCCGGCGGCCUCCAUGGCCAAGCUGCAGCGGCAGCACCGGCCCCUGGGACGGACCCAGUCGGCACCUCUGCCCCAGGGGAGCGCGGCCCAGGCUCAUGCCCAGGCCCUGGCCCUGCAGCAGCUGGUGGUGCAGCAGCAGCACCAGCAGUUCCUGGAGAAGCACAAGCAGCAGUUCCAGCAGCAGCAGCUCCACCUCAACAAGAUGAUGGCCAAACCCAGCGAGUCCCCUGUGGGCCGCCAGCACCAGAGCCACCCAGAGGAGACGGAGGAGGAGCUGAGGGAGCACCAGGACGGAGGGGCCCUGCCGCCAGGGGUCACCAUCAAGCAGGAGCCGCCUGACCCGCAGGAGCUGCAGGAGGAGGCACUGCAGCAGCACAGGGAGAGGCAGGCGGAGCAGGAGCUGCUCUUCAGACAGCAGGCCUUGUUGUUGGAGCAGCAGCGGAUCCAUCAGCUCAGAAACUAUCAAGCCUCCAUGGAAGCAGCCGGCCUGUCCAUCUCCUUCCCCGGACACCGCCCUCUGUCCCGCGCCCAGUCCUCCCCUGCCUCGGCCUCCUCCUUCCCAAUCAGCGUCCCGGCCUCAGACCCUCCCGUCAAACCUCGCUUCACAACAGGCCUAGUGUACGACUCCCUCAUGCAGAAGCAUCAGUGCAUGUGUGGAAACACCAACAGCCACCCCGAGCACGCCGGCCGCAUCCAGAGCAUCUGGUCCCGGCUGCAGGAGACCGGCCUCAGAUCGCAGUGUGAGUGUAUCCGUGGGAGGAAGGCCACUCUGGAGGAGCUGCAGACGGUUCACUCUGAAGCCCACGUCUUGCUGUACGGAACAAACCCUCUCCGACAGAAACUUGAUUGUUCAAUCACUCCCAUGUUUGUACGGCUGCCGUGUGGAGGGGUCGGGGUGGACAGCGACACCAUCUGGAACGAGGUGCACUCCUCCAGCGCGGCUCGCCUGGCUGUGGGCUCUGUGGUGGAGCUAGUUUUCAAAGUGGCUACAGGAGAGCUGAAGAACGGUUUCGCCGUGGUCCGCCCACCUGGACACCACGCAGAAGAAAGCACUCCCAUGGGCUUCUGCUACUUCAACUCCGUGGCCAUCGCCGCCAAACUGCUGCAGCAGAGACUCAACGUCAACAAGAUCCUCAUCGUGGACUGGGACGUCCACCACGGGAACGGCACCCAGCAAGCGUUCUACGACGACCCCAACAUCCUUUACCUGUCCAUUCAUCGCUACGAUGACGGCAACUUCUUUCCAGGGAGUGGAGCUCCUGAUGAGGUGGGCAGCGGGCCUGGAGUCGGCUUCAACGUCAAUGUCGCGUUCACUGGAGGCCUCGACCCACCCAUGGGAGACGUUGAGUACCUGGCUGCCUUCAGGUCGGUGGUGAUGCCAAUAGCCAACGAGUUCGCCCCUGACAUCGUUCUGGUCUCGUCUGGCUUCGACGCUGUGGAGGGACACCCCCCGCCUCUGGGUGGAUACACUUUGACAUCCAAAUGUUUUGGCUACCUGACCAGGCAGUUGUUGACUCUCGCUGGAGGCCGGGUGGUUCUGGCUCUGGAGGGGGGUCACGACCUUACAGCCAUCUGUGAUGCCUCUGAGGCUUGUGUGGCAGCUCUGCUUGGACAGGAGCUGGACCCGCUGCCCAAGGCCGUCCUCGAGCAGAGGCCCAACCCCAACGCUGUGCGCUCUCUGGAGAAAGUUAUAGAGACUCACAGUAAGUACUGGCGCUCGGUUCACCGCUCCUCCCCGCGGCUCGGACUUUCCUUGCUGGAGGCCAAACGAGGAGACUCGGAGGAGGCCGAGGCCGUCAGCGCCAUGGCCUCACUUUCCGUGGCUAACACCAACGCUAUGGAUCAAAGACCCGAGGACGAGCCCAUGGAGGAGGAGGAACCGCUGUAACGGAUGGAAUCACGAAGGUGUCACACUGUUAACCUUUGACCUCUUCGGAGACAACUCUUUGAGCUACAAAGAGUCUUCGACUGACCCCUUCAUUUAGUCCCCCUUACCCCACUCACCACGUCAGUCACCUUGAUUGGCGGCCCCUCGGCCAAUAAAACGAGGGGGAGGGGGUGGGCUCAGCCUCAGAGUAGGGAGCCAAUCAGGAGACAGAGGACUGAACUGGGAAGAAAAUAUUAAAAGAGACUCAUUUUUUUUCUGUCAGUCUUCGCACCCUCAUGUUAGCCCACUGCGGCUAACCAUGUGACCAAGGCAGCAGGUGGGUGUGUUUGGAGUUUGGGUGGGACCAGGUCUCGCCGUAGAAAGGUGUGAUUUCUCUGCAGGAACAUACGGUGCUUUACACAGCUGCCUUCUGACCACGUACAGUAUGGACACCAGAGACAGCAGACCAUCCCGGCUGCCAGCUCGGGAGUUUCUUUACUCUUUAUCGACUAUUUUUCCCUGCGAAUCUAAAGGGCAUCGCAGCAACUGAGAUAAUAUUUUACAUGAUGCGUUCACUGUGGACUUUGGUCAAGCCGAAAGUUGAAGCCGGCUUUUACAAAGAUUUGAAGACGAGACUGUCGCCUCGCCGGUCCAGCCUGUCGUUGAAAAAGGUUGACGAGUGAGAGGAGUGCCUUGGUGAGGGAGGGUCCCCCCCGCUGGAUUCAGGAUUGUUUCAGGAAAAGAUUGCCUUAAGUCAAACGAGGGAGGAAGAGUUUCCGCUCCUUUUCGGGGGACGACUAAAAAUAGAGCAAACAAUCUUUCAGCAUGUUUACUUGGAACGUGACGAAGACAACGUUUACGUCUCUCACAGCCUCUCUUGAAGAGUUACUCUACUUUUGGAUGGAUCUAUUUUUAUGUAAAAAGAAAAACAAACAAAAAAAUGACAAGGAAGCGCUUUGAAAAAGGUAGUUGCCAGCUUCAGUAGAUAAAACGGUGCAAAAAACGGAAACUUCAAAAACAAAUUAGACUCUCAAAAAUAAGCCUUUGAUGUAGCUUCCCUUUAACAGAAGUUGUUGCUUUGUAAACACAUGAAGCAUGCGUUGAAGCCGAAAGACCGGACGUUUUUAAGCAAGAUUUUUAUCCAAAAGAGAAAGCCAAGCAAGAAAAGCCAAAGCAUGAGUUUGCAUUUACAGUAGUACUUUCACUUCACUUAGCUGGCAGACAUUUCUCGUACUGGCCCUUUAAGAUAAGGCUCCCGGUACCCAGUUCAAUGUUUACUAAUUUAACCCUCCACAGAUCAAGUGAGCAUUUCUGUCCUGAUCGGCCUUCCGUACAUCGGCCGGUUGGCAGCUACCUUGGUUGCUGUGUGUGAGCGAGUCAUGUAUAUUGAAUUGAAUAUAUUUUGAGGGGCAGUAAUCGCCUGUUUGUAUCUACAUGUAUGAUUUCCACACCUGAGUUGUCGAUAUAAAAAAGCGAAAAAACGUAGGUAAAAAAACGUGUUUGGUAAGCGUGUCCACUUUUUAUUUUUUAUUGUAUAAGAUUAUUUUUCUAACUUUUGUCAUCCAUAGAUUUUGUUCUGUGUUUUUAUCCGUUUUCUGGAUAGUUAUAGGGCUGUCAUCCACACACUUAGUACUCCUCUCACCUCUUGUUCCAGGACUUUCUUUCUUGUAUUUAUCAAAAACAAGGAGCGACACCUCCCUCUCUUUUCUUUCUUUCUUUCUUUCUUUCUUUCUUUCUUUCUACGGCUCUCUCGGCCUUUCCCGCAUUUUCAUCAACCGUGUAUUUAUAACAUGUACUGUUUAUAGCAGAUUUGUAUAUGGAAAAAUUUAUAAAUGUACUCUAACUAAUGACAGCUAUGAUAUUGUGAGCGACAAACAGUAUGGUGUAUGAUAUUACUACCAUGGACGUUUAAAAAAAAGCAGCAUAUUUAACUCGUCAUCGACUGCACUGUUUCCACGCUGCCCUCGAGUGAAGUCAUCACACGGCACUGCAAUUGACUUUUCAAGCAAAUCAUUUGAUCACUUUGUUGCCUAAUUGAUGCAUCUCUCCGUACCACUUACCUUUAAACUGUGACAACACGUCCACAAAGAGGUUUAAAGGAAGUUUCAUGUAGCUAGCUGAGUUUUGAUUUCGGCGGGAAAGCGAGGGCGCAGAGGUCGUAAAAAGAGGAUUUUUUUUGUUGUUGUAAAUUUGGAGGAAAAACUCAGCAGAUGUCUUUAAAAUCUCUUUCUGAGCAUGUGUUGCACUAUCAUGUUCAACUUUUACCGAUUCUUGUGCUUCAAUCGACUUACCUAACGCUCAAAUGAACUCGUCUGUAAACUGCUUUGGUAACCUAACGAUCCAACAUGACUAUCACGCUCAUUUUGAUAUCAUUUUCAUAUUCUCCAUGUCUAACAAAACAUUCCACUUCUUCUUUCUUUCAUUUGGCUUCUUCUUCUUUAUUUUUUACUGAUUUUCUUUCAUUUUGUAGAAACUUUAAUACUGCGCUUUCUUUUUUGCCGUCUGCUCGCGCCAACUUUAACUCUUUGCAUGGUUUGUGAGUCAGCAUGCCUGCUUGUCUAUGUAACAAAAAUGUAUUUGCACAAUAGAAGAAGAACACUGGAGGACUUUAAGACAAAAAAACAACAAAACAAAAAAAACAAAACAGAAACCCUCUGACGAUGGCGGCGACUCCUAAGAGCACCAAGCGGGACGGUUUUUCUUCCUCUGUGGUGUGCAAACAUUCAAAAGACUCCACUGAGAAACAUUUGAUAUUGUUCUUAUUGAUUCCGAUGAGUGAUUUUGACGGCACUUACAUCAUGUACGGACUGUGCUGAAAUGCUGAAAGAGAAAACACGCUCUGCCAAACCUCUGCUACAUCCACACCUUCAAAAAACAAGACUCCCAAAGAAUGUUCCUCUUUCGCAGAUUUGUGAGCGUGCGCUGUUACAGGAAAGAAACGUUUGGAAAAAAAGGGCAUCGUCGUUUGAUUGUCACUCCCACCUCGGCCAGUUCUCUCUCUAUAUAUAACCACUGUGGCUCAAGAGCAAUUCUCGGUUUACAUGUAAAUGGAUAAAAAAGUUAUUUUUUGUUUGUUGUUUGUCUCUAUUGAUGAAAAAUGUUAUCUUUCUUUGGGACCUACGCUUUGGACAUUUCAUCUCUGACAUCAUCUAUAAAAUAUAUUUCUCAAAAAUAAA